CCAACCAGAGCACAGGAUGGAAAAUGCCCCUGGUCCUCAUAUUGUGCGUGCUACAAGGCUCAUCCUCCGCGCCUCCACAUAAAGAUCUCCAUCUCAGAUGGUGGCGGGCUGGCUCUCUCCCCUCCAGGACUCGCCUCUGGGCUGUGGAUACAUUCCCAUCCUCCUCACCCUUCUGCUGGCCAGACAAGCAGUCUUCUGCAGCUGCGGAUGUGUUGAAGGGCCCAAGGCUGGUGUCUGGAGAAGCUGGGGGAGCUGUUAUCAUCCAAUGCCAUUAUACCCCCUUAUCAGUCAACAGGCAUCAAAGGAAGUACUGGUGCCGUCUGAGGCCUCCAACGUACAUCUGCUACACCGUCGUGUCCACCAAUCACUACACUCACCAUGAUUACCUGGGCCGUGUGUCUCUAGUCGACUUCCCACACAGUGGCUUGUUUGUGGUGCGGCUAUCCCAGCUGUCCUUGGAUGAUGUGGGGUACUAUCGCUGCGGUAUUGGAGACGGAAACAACUUGCUCUUCCUUGCCAUGAAUCUGAUUGUCUCUGCAGGUCCUUCCAACAUGAUCCCCAUAACCCUUCCAGCUUCUGGUAAGCUCACCACAGCAUCCUCUGGGACAGCAUCUCCGGGAGCCAAUCCUUGGACCCCAGAAGCCACCCAGACUCCAGAAGAAGAGGGAUCAGAAUGGGAUAGAGUUGCUCCAAGUGCUGAAACCACCCAGACCACAGCUUCAACCAAGGGAAGACAAAGGCCAGGGACAGACAGGGAAGUAGCUCCAGAAAUGGACAGCCAGGCAAGAGCCCCCAUCAAGAUAACAGUCCCUACUGUGCAGAGUCCAGCUUUAAAUCUCAGAAGCUUGUCCAGUACACCAAAGGAUGCAUGGACAUGGAGCACGGGAAGCUCAGUAACAAAUGGAAUUAGGAUCUUCCAGGGUGAGCCCCAGAUGACAACUACACAGGCCAGUUGGCCAGGGGAGGGAACACAGAGACUAAGGAUGGCUCUGGUUACAGCCAAGAAGACCACAGGGACCAUUAGGCCAUUGCCCUUGGUGUCAGAACAAGCAGCCUGGGAAAUCCUUAGAGAAACACUAGUGGUUUCUCAGCAACAAGCCCUGGGCUCCACAAAGGGAUCAACCCCAGCUCCAGGUGCAUGGACCUUGGACACCCCCCACUUAGAGGCAGCAUCUGGGAAAGGAAGCACUGACCAGGACUCAGAAAGUACUGUUGCAGACAGUGAUCUCCAAGGAGAUAGUGGCUCCCAAGCAACACUGAGCCAGGCCCUAGCAACAGAUUCCCUGAGGCCCACUGGCAAGGGGGCCUCCAUGCAGAGUGCUUUUCCAGAAGAGGAACGCAGCUCUUGGAUCCUGAUUCCAGGCUCAACUAUGCUAGCCUUGCUUCUGCUUGUGGCUCUGGUCCUGUCACAAAGGAAGGUCUGGAGAAAGAGGACCUCUCAGGAGGCCGAAAGGGCACCAAGAGUCACUCUGAUUCAGAUGACACGUCUCCUGGAAGUGAACCCCAAACCAAAGCAACUCCUUCGCAUGCAAGGGAAAGCACUUCACAGUAACUUUCCUCCUACACAAGCCAGUCUGACUAUCCAGGAACAAGACCCAGGACCCUGAGAAAUGGAAACAGCUCAGUAUCCACGGAGUAAGAAUUAGGACUAAACAACUGCAUGAUGCUAGCCCUUUGCAUCUUCCUUCUUCCACCUGCAUGAAGACAAGCUAACCAGGCUUAGCGCCCACAAAGGAAAACAGGGCUUGGUCAUCUUGGUUCCCAGAAAGUUCAAGCAUUCUCCAUAGUCACCAGUGACCAUGUGACUCAAAGAAGCUUUCAAGACACCACCUUAGGAAACACUAUAAGAAUCUACCUGGCUUAAGUGUGAAAUUUCCAUUUCUGGAAGCUUCCAACAGUGUGGAAAACAACGUUUUUGGGGCCAUCAAUGUUAACCCUUUGGGUGCCCACUUUUCUGAUGUCUGUUCAACCUUGGCCUGCUACUCACAUUUAAUAAUAUUUGCCUCUAUCAGUGAUGCUUGCUCAAACGGAGACUCGGCUACUUUAGAACAGUAAUUAUGGGAAGUGGAGCUGUGGCUUACGUGGUGGAGCACUAACCUUGAGCAGAAGAGCUAAGGGACAGCGCCUAGGCCCCAAGCCCACUGCGGCCCAAGCCGCAGUGCCAGCAUACAGACACAAAAAGAACAUUAAUUGUAUUUUAUUCAUCUCAUUAUGUCUCCAGGAAACUUCCAGCUCAGUAGGACCCUAGUAUCUCUCUGUGGCUUAUUUGCUUGCUGAGA